AUGCUUGCUUCUACACGAAGGAACAGCUUCAUCAAGCAGGUCAUGGACCAAGUGAAGAAGGAUAUGGAAGCUGACGACAAACUCCGAAAAGACUGGGAGCAGGUUCAAAAAUCAUCGGACAGGAUGCGAGAAACCAGUGCAGCAAAUUCUGAGAAGCUGGAGCAGUUUGGUGAACGCAUGAAGAGCCUUUCUUCCCAGACAUCAGAGCUGCUUAGCAGCUGGUCGGACAAAGCUCGCAAUGUUGCCAGCUCCACUUCAAGCCGCUUGGACCGAGCGACAGAAGACAACGAGGCUCUGAAGAAAGCACGGGAGUUUGUCAGGAGUGCUUCUGAGUCCACAUCCGCGGCUUCUUCUAGCUUCCUGAACAAAACCCGGGAGAAGUUUUCCAAUGUAAUGGAUGCUUCAUCAAGAGCUGUGGACUACUUGGGUGAUGAGAAUAAGAAGGCAGAAAAAACAAAGCAGUGGAAAAAGUCGCGAGACGCCAUGGCGGAAGCUGAGAAAUCCAAAGCUGAGCAGUCUGAGGCCACUGAUACAUCGGAGAGUGCAUCGAUGGACAAGGCCAAGGAUGCAAAAGCUGCUGAAGCCGAAGAAGUUCAGUCUGCCCUUGUGGUUUCCCAGGCAGGCAGCAGUUCUUGGGGACCACGGCUUUCAGACAUGCCAUUCCUCAACAGCGUUUUCGAGAACCCGCUCUUUGAUCGAGUAUUUGGCGAAACAGAGAUCGCAGCUUCAAUUCGAGAGAUGAAGGAGCUGGACUACACGUUCAGGUUGGAGGAAUUUGCAGAGGACUAG